CUUCCCAUCCCAUUCUGUAAGAAGAUUCUGGUGAAUGCGUAGAAAAGGAAAAUAAACAGUUUAGGGGUGUAAAAUGUUGGGUGUGUUCAGCAGCUCCAUCGUUUCGCCGCCGGACGAGCUCGUGGCCGCCGGCAGCCGAACCCCGUCGCCGAAGACGACGGCGGCGGCGCUGAGGAAGCGGUUCCAGGAGAAAAACGCUUCCACAGUGUCGGUGGAGAUCGGAGAGCAUGUCCACCUAGCUUAUACCCAUCACAACGAGUCGCCGUUUCAACCCAGAUCUUUUGCAGUGAAGGAUGAGGUAUUCUGCUUGUUUGAGGGAGUCCUUGAGAAUUUGGGGCACUUGAGACAACAGUAUGGACUGGGGAAGUCAGCCAAUGAAGUAUUGUUGGUGAUUGAGGCUUACAAAGCUUUGCGUGACCGAGCACCUUACCCUGUUAAUCACGUUGUUGGCCAUCUCAGUGGGAGCUUUGCGUUCAUACUGUUUGACAAAUCCACUUCCACCCUGUUUUUGGCCUCUGAUCAAUAUGGUAAGGUACCUCUGUAUUGGGGAAUUACUGCUGAUGGCUAUGUAGCAUUUGCUGAUGAUGCAGAAUUGCUUAAAGGUGCUUGUGGCAAGUCACUUGCUUCUUUCCCUCAAGGAUGUUUCUACUCCACAGCUGUUGGAGGAUUGAUGUGUUAUGAAAAUCCUAAGAAUAAGAUCACUGCAGUUCCUGCUAAGGAGGAGGAAAUCUGGGGUGCAACCUUCAAGGUGGAAGGGCCAGCAGUUGUUGCAGCCAGACAAUAGAGGUUCCUUUGGAGAAAUAACCACUGCAAUGAGGCAUAUGAAUGGAGUAGCUUAGUUCUAUCAGUAUUUUUCUUAUCAGCACUUGGUUCUAUCAGUGUACAGUAACGCUUGUCAAUCUAAUAAAAACUCCUCUGCUU